UUUCUCAAAUGGCUGAUGCAAACCUGGAGAAUUUGCAUCAUCAUUCAGCUGGAGUAACUUGGUAUGACAAGAGCUUAAAUACAAGUCCACGCGGAAGCCGAGCUGGUUUCCAACGAUAGGCAGGACCAGCAAGCAGCGUGCAGGCGCAGGUGUUGCUGAGCAGGGCUCCGACCGCGGGGACGAGCCAAGCGCACUGAGAGCCUCCCAGCUGGGUGCAGGGGCAGCUGCAGGAGGCAGGGACUAAGCAGCUAGUUACACAAGGAGGGGGAAAAAAAACCAAAAAAACGCUUAACAACUAAGUUUGUGCUACAAACUUUCUGCCUGCGCUUGCCUGGGGUGUGCUAGGGGCACUGUAGCAUGUUCAGGAAAGCUGCUGUCACCGCAGCCUCUAAUGGGAGCUACCUGCAGGGGCAAUCCAACGGCAGGCUGCCCUCCCUGGGCAGCGGGCAGCCGGCCCAGGCGGAGAAAGUGGUGCUGAAGCAGAAGGUGACGCUCCUGAGGGGGAUAUCCAUCAUCAUCGGCACCAUCAUCGGCGCCGGCAUCUUCAUCUCGCCCAAGGGGAUCCUGCAGAACACGGGCAGCGUGGGCAUGUCCCUCUCCGUCUGGGCGGCCUGCGGCGUCCUCUCCCUCUUCGGUGCCCUCUGCUAUGCUGAGCUAGGAACAUGCAUUAAGAAAUCCGGUGGUCACUACACCUAUAUCCUGGAGGCCUUUGGUCCAUUACCUGCUUUUGUGAGAGUCUGGGUUGAAUUGCUCAUCAUUCGCCCUGCUGCCACAGCAGUGAUAUCGUUGGCAUUUGGACGCUAUAUUUUGGAACCCUUCUUUAUGCAGUGUGAGAUCCCAGAACUUGCAAUUAAACUUAUUACAGCUGUUGGUAUCACGUUGGUGAUGGUCCUGAAUAGCACAAGUGUCAGCUGGAGUGCCCGCAUUCAGAUUUUCCUUACCUUUUGCAAGCUUGUAGCAAUUCUGAUAAUUAUAGUCCCUGGAGUUAUCCAGCUAAUUAAAGGAGAAACACAGCACUUUAAAAAUGCCUUUACAGGGAAUGAUGCCAGUGUUAUGGGGUUACCACUUGCUUUCUAUUCAGGAAUGUAUGCUUACUCAGGCUGGUUUUACCUCAAUUUUGUUACUGAAGAAGUGGAAAACCCUGAAAAAAACAUACCCCUCGCAAUAUGCAUUUCAAUGAUUAUCGUCACAGUUGGCUAUGUGUUAACAAACGUGGCUUAUUUCACUACAAUCAGUGCUGGGGAAUUGCUGCUUUCAAAAGCUGUAGCAGUGACGUUUGCUGAACGUUUAAUGGGAAACUUUUCUUUAGCUGUACCAGUAUUUGUUGCCCUUUCCUGCUUCGGCUCUAUGAAUGGUGGCAUUUUUGCUGUCUCCAGGAUGUUCUUCGUUGCCUCCCGUGAGGGUCACCUUCCGGAAAUCCUCUCCAUGAUUCAUGUCCGCAAGCACACUCCUCUGCCAGCUGUCAUUGUUUUGCACCCUCUCACAAUGAUAAUGCUAUUCAAUGGGGAUCUCUACAGCCUCCUGAAUUUCCUCAGUUUUGCCAGGUGGCUUUUUAUUGGACUAGCAGUUGCUGGGUUGAUUUAUCUCAGAUAUAAACGUCCUGAUAUGCCUCGUCCUUUCAAGGUGCCUCUAUUUAUACCAGCACUGUUUUCUUUCACCUGUCUCUUCAUGGUUGCACUGUCACUUUACUCUGAUCCAGUCAAUACUGGGAUUGGAUUUGCAAUAACCCUGACUGGAGUUCCCGCCUACUACCUCUUUAUCGUAUGGGACAAGAAGCCAAAGUGGUUCAGAAAGCUCUUAGACAGGGUAACUAUAACACUGCAAAUCAUCUUGGAAGUUGUCCCAGCAGAGGAAGACCAGAAAUCAUGAUCCUCAUGUACCUGAAAAUGCGGCUUUUGACUUGGUGUUUCAUUUCAACCUGAGGAAGAGGGUAGGGAGGUUUCUUCCCAUCCUAAUAUUCUGCAAACUGGAAGAACAAGUCACAGCUGAGAUGCAUACUGAAUGAGUCAGUUACCAGAGCUGUAUUUUAUCAUGUUGCAAAGUUUCUUAAUGUGGUUGGUUUAUAUGUCGAAAGCAAGAACAGAAACAACAAGAGAACACCUCUCUUUACUAUUUCUUCUAUUACAGUGUCAUAUUUUAACAAACUGUAGGUUCUUCAAACUAGGAUUUUUUUGCAUUAUCACUGAAAAUAUGUUUAAGCAAUGUUCAAAUAAUAGUCGGCUAUACUGUGAAGAAUGUAUCCUGCUUGCUGUCCCUGAAGAACCUAAUUCUCACCAGAGAAAGGAUGAGAUAGAGCUGCUGAGUUUCAGCUAAUAAUAAUGUUCUUCCCGUCAGUCCGACUGGCAGCCGUAUUUUACUUCUUUUGUCUCACUGGGAGCACCAGCACAUUGAUGUAGAAAUACAAUGGUUUCUACCACCUUUGCGGUGGCAAGUUCAAGGUUAUUUUGUUCCAGAGUUGUUACAACAUAGCAUAUAGGAGCAUCUUCUGAGAAUGAAUGUUUAUGCCAGUGGGGCAGGUAGCUUUUAGCUUUGGGGCAGUAAUUUCAUACCUUUUAAAGUUUCUACCACUCUGAAAAUUAUUACUGUUUUUACUGACAUUUCUUUGUGUACAUAUACAUAGGAAAUACAGCAACAAAGUAAUUGCCUUCAAACAAGUAAAACAAACCAUUUGAAUGCGACCUCCACUGGUGUACAAAUAUUUUUCUAUCUGGAAACAUAUGGACCUGCAGGUAUCAGUCAGGCAAAACUGCUUUUAAAGUUUUAUAUAGUUGUUGAUAGGAUUGUUGAAAUGAAUAAUAGUCACUGGUUAUAUAAUCAGUGGGAAUUCUGUACAGACAUGGAAAUAAAUGCAGUACUAUUUUAUGAGUAAGGUGUAAGGCAAGCUAUAACAGAUUUGUUGAUUUGAGUAGGACAUGUACCUAAUCUGUGGGUUUUUAUUUGAGCACAUUUCAAUUAACUGGGCUUUUGAACACCAUGAAAGAGGUGCUCUGCCGACAUCUUCUUCCUGGUUUUAUCUCAGCUGAAACAGGGAGAAGCUAUCAAAACUGAUAAAAUCAAACUAAAUUGAAGUUUCAUCUUCAGAAUAAUGUUUAAGCUGAGACUUGGCUCAAAUAUGAGUUGAAGUUUUGCCCUUUUUAUUAAAAAUAGCUGUGGAUAAAAGACAUUUUUUAAUGCUUAAAAAUGCUGUUUUAUAUUGUUAGUCAAAGACUACUCAACCUUAAGAUUAAGGUUCGUUAUCACUCUGUUGAGAAGAUGUUUAAACAUUCAAUGCACUACGUCUAGGACUGUUUGCUAUUAGUCGUGUGUUUCAUCAAAACUUUUAUGAAAUUAAGACAGCAACAUUAGACUUCCUAAACUGGGAGAAAAGCACAACUAGUAGCCAGACCACUACAGUAAAGGGAGACUGUAUAUUGUAUAUGUAUUGUAUAUAUCCAGAACAACUCCUGCCAUUUUAAGGGUUUACAGUAAAAUGUCUUAAAAUUUGUACAUGUUAAUGUCUUAAAAUUUGUACAUGUUUUUCCUACCUAUAUUUCUAUGGUGGAGCUUCAUAGAAAUAGGGAAAUGGAAGUAACUGAUGAUGUAAAAGAGAAGUAAUUUAAGACACAGAAAACAUAUUACAAAAUAUUUUUUCUUUAAAUGUUUUCUGUUUACAGUAACUUAAAGUGUUAUUUGAAACUUUGUUAGACAAACAUUUUGGGAUAGAUUUUUAUGUUGACAGCGCAUGUGUCUGACGAGCAUUUACGUUUGAGUCAGGAGUGGGCUUCCUGGCCAUCCCCGUUCGCCAUGUUUUGGCUCACAUCAUCGUGGUGCAUCUUCAAAGCACACAGCUGCCUUCCUCUCCGAUGAAAGGAAGCUGCCUGGAAGUGCCACCUAACAUGCUCCUCCACUCGUGGAUGUUCAGUGCGUCGCACCACAGCUGGUCCGAAGCAAAACCUCCUGCAACGGCAAAGGCAAGGAUGCUGGGUCUUCAGCGCCGACUCUUUAAUUCCACAUAUUCACUCCUAAUGCGCCGCAUUACUUGAUAAUUUAGACACAGACAGUGUUAACUUCUGGAAAUAAAUGGCCUCUGUAAGAUUAA